AUGGCAGGCUUCUCCGCGCUGAAGCCGGCGGAUCAGGAGCAGAUCCUCGCCAGGGUGCCCGCCACCGCGGGCGGUGCGGCCGGCGAGGGCGGUCUGAGCCCGGAGCUUCAGGAGCAGAACAAGAGGCUGUUCGAGGUCCUUGACCUGCUCAAGAGCCUUUCGGACGUCCAGCUGAAGGACAUGCUCGAGCUCAACGGCUAUCCCACCAAGCGCUUCCCCCCGGGGACCGUGUCGCCCGCCGAGCUCUGCGCCGACGGCAUCCUCUUCGGCGCCGUGGUGCCGUGUGCCGUGUGCAGCACCGACGACCACCAGAGCCGCCUCCUGCUCAGCACGGACGGGGGGGACUCCUACAAGUGCAAGGGCUGGAUCAACAAGUUCCUCCGCUGCACCGUCAGGACGCAGGCCCCCGAGAGGACCGAGUGGGUCCUGAGCGAGGCGGCCAAGGCCUGCGGCGGCGGCGCGCUGAAGAAGAUGAAACUCAAGACGGGCACGCGCGUCUUCGCCCACCCGCUGCCCGACGGCCCUGGCGCCGCGGCGGAGGCCUCGGGCCCCCGGCCGGCGCUGCUCGGCCUGCAGGUCGUGCUGGCGGCCGCGGCGUGCACGGAGGACAUGACCAGGGAGCAGCUGGCGGCCUACGUGCACGAGCACGGCGGCGCGGUCGCGGAGGAGGUCUCGAGCGCCGUGAGCGCCGUGGUCUCCACGGCGGAGGCGGCGGAGGCCAAGGACGACGAGGUCGUGGCGAGGGCGGAGGAGCUGAAGGUGCCAGGCGUCGCGGCGGACUUCCUCACGGAGAGCGUGAAGGAGGGAGACUUGGUGGACAUGGAGCCGCACUUGCUGUGGGGCAAGGCCAGGGAGAGGAGGACGCCGUUCCGCCGGCCCCUUUUCCCUUCUCUCAAGGCAGCAUUGCUUUGCGGCCACGAGCUCGCUGGAGGCGAACAUAUUCACAAAGGCAUGCUUCUCCUGAAGGCGAACAUGUUGUGGCAAAGCAUGUCCUCCGACAACCUGUGA